AUGGACGUAGAUGAAGAACAGAAUAAUGAUUAUGAUAAUGGGGAAAUAGAAUCAACUCAGCCCAAGAAAACCGGUUCUGCUUCCUCUAGCAAUAAGGGUAAAAAACGGGCUAAUGAAGAGUUAAAUUUCGCACUUCAUAUUUGUCGUGGUAUUGCGUAUUUGAAUGCAUUAGGUAUUAAUAAUGUACGUGUUACAUUUUUAUCUAAACGAGAAUUUUUUCAUUUAUUUUCUUUACCAUGUUUUGAAUGCGAAAAUAUAAUGGUAACAGAAAGCAAUUUAGCAAAACUUGCCAACUUCGGAACUUCGCGUGAAAAACAUGAUGCAACCACGACAAUCGGAUCUCAACCUGAACGCGUUCGUUGGCUCGCUCCUGAAAAAUUAAAAGAUAAUGGACGCCGCUAUGAUCACAAUAAAAAUCCAUACGAAAAUUUUGAAAUUGAUAAAAUUUCAGAUCAUGUGAUUGCCGGCGGUAGAGAGAUUUUUCCAACACAUGGUACUAUCGAGGUUAUGAAAAGAUCGUUAUAG